UGCUAGUACUAUUUCUUCUUUAUUUUACGAGACCACAAUACUGAACGCUACAAUUCCUUCCCGUACCUGACAAGACCCCCCUCCCAUUCUCUUCUCUCUCUAAGAAACCAGAGGAAAAUGGGGCUGGACGAUCAGGUUGAGAAAAUGGAGGUGCGUAAGAGUUAUAGGAAUGUCUGGCACACCAAUCUCUUGAGCACCAUCUCCGCCGAUACUCCUUAUUGUCUGUUCUCAUUAUUUUGUGGACCAUGUGUCUCAUACAUGCUGCGCAAACGAGCUCUUUACAAUGACAUGUCAAGGUAUGUCUGCUGUGCUGGCUAUCUUCCAUGUAGUGGGAAGUGCGGAGAAAGUAAAUGUCCUGAACUUUGCCUUGGCACUGAGGUCGUGUGCUGCUUCUGUAAUUCAGUUGCCUCAACUCGCUUCCUAUUGCAAGAUGAAUUCAAUAUACAAACUACACAAUGCGACAACUGCAUUAUUGGAUUUAUGUUCUGCCUGCAGCAAUUAGCAUGUAUAUGUUCAUUAGUUGCUUGCAUAACUGGAAAUGAUGAAAUUGGAGACCUUGCCCAGAUGCUGAGCUGUUUGUCUGAUUUGGUUUAUUGCUCGGUCUGCGCAUGUAUUCAGACUCAGCACAAGGUUGAAAUGGACAAGAGAGAUGGCAAGUUUGGGCCACAGCCUGCUAUGGCAGUUCCUUCGGUGCAGCAGAUGUCACGUAUUGACCAGCCAAUUCCUCCACACGCUGGCUACGCACCUCAACAAGCAUAUGGCCAGCCUUAUGGCUAUCCUCCACCCCCGCAAACUCAAGGUUACCCUCCUGCCUAUCCACAACCUCAUGCUUAUCCUCCACAUGGCUACUCAAGGUGAACUGGAUUGAAAUGCAGUCACACGCCAGUGAAAACAUGCUUGUUCUACUCAAUCUUCCAUGAUUAUGAGUCUUUUUAUGCUCUUUAUUUAGAUACUAAUAGUUCAGCAAUUGUAUCCGGGAUUGUCCAUUAUCCUAAAACUUUAGGAACACUUUGCCUGAGGAUGUAUUGAUGGAGAAGUAUAGUCUGGAACAUCGAAUACCUUUAAUCAGAUUGUUCAUACUGUUUAAGUGUUGGUUGAAAAAAAGUCAAUUGUUCAGUGUUGAGUUUGGACUAAGAA